UUUACCAUGAUAUCCCUUUACUCAGAUGCCGCUCCUCACCGAGCUGCGCCGACGCACGCACCUUUCGAGAUCCAAGAUGACCAUGCAAAUGGCGACACACUGGCGGACAGAUAUCAGAUGCUGGAAGAACUAGGUAGUGGCUCGUUUGGUGUCGUCUACAAAGCCAUUGAGAAAGACACUGGCGAGAUUGUCGCCAUCAAACACGUUGACCUGGAAUCUUCUGAAGAAGAUCUCUCAGACAUUCUCUCCGAGCUGUCUGUUCUAUCAUCGUGUUCAAGUUCCCACGUCACAAAGUACCGCCUAGCCUUUCUACGGCGACAAACACUAUGGAUCGUGAUGGAAUACCUAGGAGGCGGAUCCUGCGCAGACCUCCUCAAACCUCCCCCUCAUAGAAUCUCAGAGAGUCACAUUGCAAUCAUUUGUCGAGAACUGCUGCUCGGUCUGGCAUACUUGCACACCGAAGGAAAACUACACCGAGAUAUCAAGGCUGCGAACGUCCUGCUGGGCAUGGACGGGCGCGUCAAGCUGGCCGAUUUUGGAGUUGCUGCGCAACUUGUCGGUCUCAAGAGUGUAAGAAACACGUUCGUGGGCACGCCGUUCUGGAUGGCGCCGGAAGUCAUCCAGCAGGAAGGUCAUGAUGCCAAAGCGGAUAUCUGGAGUCUGGGUAUUACAGCAAUGGAACUCGCAAAUGGCGAACCACCGCAUGCCAAUGUGCAUCCAAUGAAGGUUUUGUUCUUGAUUCCCAAACAGUCUGCCCCUCGCUUAGAAGGCGCUCAGUGGUCGGCCAACUUUCGGGAAUUUGUCGCUACUUGCCUCACCAAGGACGUCGACAGAAGGCCGAGUGCAAAAGAACUAUUGAAGCAUCGAUUUGUUCGGUCCGCCGGCAAGGUCGAAGCACUGCAAGAGUUGAUUCAGCGCAAGCAGGACUGGGAAGCGAGUAAGGGCGCCGAGCGGAAUAUGAAGUAUUAUGCCGAGACGCUCAAGAACCUAUCGUCUGCACAGAACACCGACGACUGGGUCUUUGAGACAAUCAAAGCUGUACCCACAAUGGAUCUAAGAGGCGUUCAGACGCAAAAGCGCAGAAAGGUCUCAAAGACUGCUGUGGAUGUUCUUGGAAAUCACCAAGAAGAAAGCCCGUCACAAAUGAUGGGCGAACUGGUCCUAGAUCGAAGAGUGGAGACAGAGCAGAGUCCAAACAAAUCGACGAUGCGCAAGAUUUCACAAUCUAGAUCACAACAGAAGGAGAGGAGGGUGUCUGGCUCCUCGGACCAGGGUAGACGAACGGCAAGGAAGAGACUCUCAAGUGCCCAACCGAGACAACCUUUGGGAGUGAAUAUGUCGUUCGGCAACAGUCCGAGUACAGUGCGACAGUUUAGGAGAGUGUCACCAAACACGAACACCAACACAAAUGCGGAGAACGAAGAGCAGCUCGACGAUCCCAAUGCUAGUGUCAUUAGGACGCCCUCAAAAGCGAAGCCGGGCUUGACAUCUCUGGUGGACAUAGGAAGCUCAUUACUUGAAGAAGCAAAGUCUGACUCGGGAUAUUCUUCUACGGCCACAACGGUUGCGCCGACGCUUGUCCCAGCGGAGUCGAAGGAAGCUACCUUGGGCCGGAAAUUGUACGCCAACGCCAUCGGGAUAUCAUGCCAAGAUGUUCUGAACGACACGGCCGACGAGGUCAAGCGGGAAGCUGUAUCCAGACUGGCCGAGGCUUUUUCGGACCUCGAAAGCGUGGACCCAGACGGCAUGUAUCAUAUCAUGCGGUCGAUCUUGUCGAAGAUGAAGGAAGACGAUUCGCUG